AUGAUUUACAAUAAGUAUAUUAAAAAAUUUAAAAAUACAAAAAGGAAAUAUUGUGAUGUAUUAGAAAAUAAUGAAAAAGAAAAUAAUAAUUCAUCUAAUUCUUUUUUACUUAAAGAUUUAUUAAAAAACCUCAUAUUAAAAUUCUAUUUUAAGACAAUUUUAGAUAAAAUCUACGAAAAUUAUCAAAAAAAUAAUUAUUUUUUUGAAGUAUUCAUAUACAUAGAUGUUAUAAAAUUAAUUGAUUCAAAUAACUCUAUGGGUUAUUAUAUAAUGAAAAACUAUAUUGAAUUUGCAAAUUCUUUUAAUGAAACUUCAUAUAUUUUAUUAUCGGAAUUUUUAAAAAAUUUUAAAGAGAACAAACAGACGAAUAUCAACUUAUCGGUUUAUUUAGACAUUAUUAUAAAAAAUAAAUUUUUUAUCAUUUUUUUAAUUCCACUUAAUACUCCAAUUAAAACAGAUUGUAUCUUAAAUCUAGGAAAAUCAAAUAAAUUGGAAAACAACUUUUAUAAUAUAAUUGAAAUAAUUAACGCAACAUUAAUAAGUAAAGAUAAAAAAAGUUUUUUAUAUAAAUCUUUUUAUAUGAGAAUAUGCGAAUGUUCAAGUAAAUAUUUACCACAUCAAAAUGUUAUUGUAAAAAUUAAUAAACUAGGAGAUUUAUAUGAAAAUAAAGAAGCUAAAGAAAUAUGCAAAUUAUGUUAUUCAAAAGAAUAUGAAGAAAUAAUAAAUAAAAGGAAGUUUAAAAACUUUUUCACUUUAAAGUUUUUUUUUUCAAAAACUAUUGAUGAAUAUAAUAAUAAAGAUGAAUAUACAACCUUUGAAGUGUUGUUUCAAGAUAUCAAUGAAAAAACUGAAAAUUUUGAAAUUGGUAUGAAAUACAAUUUAAUUAUUGUGUCUAUUCCUAAUAAGUUAAAUAAAAAUAACAUCAAGGGGUUACAUGUUGGUAGUCUUUGGUUGUUAAACCACAGGAAAAACAUUAUAAAAACAAGAAAAUUUGAAUAUAACAUGCUAUCUUUAUCAACAAAUGUGAAUACGUUAUUAUCUACUGAAUGCUUUAAUUAUUUAUUAAAUUCUCAAAACUUAAAUGAUAUGAAUAGUAUUAUAAUUGAUAUAUUAAAACUCCCACAGAGUAAUUCUGUUUUAAAUAAAAUUUGUAAAACGACCAAAUUAACACUAAUUUUAAUUAGUAUAAGUAAUAACUUUUUAAAAUAUUUGAAUUUGAAUUCAUUUGCUUAUGAUAUAUUUAAUAAAGUAAAUAAAAACAAGAGGUACAAGACUUUUAUUAAGGAAAAUAUUUCAGCAAAAGGGAUGAGAGCACCCCAUUGUUUUUUUAUAUGCUUAGAUGAAAUACUGAUGAUAGAAAUGGUUAAGUUUUGCAAUUUUUUCUGUAACAUUAAGCUUCUUAAUGUAAAAAAGGAUUCUUUUAAUAUAUUACUUACUCAAAAAUAUGAUAUACUAGUCAUAAAUAUAAAUAAUUUAAACAAUUCUCAAAUUAAAAUAUUAGUAGAAAUUAUGAAAAAUGGAAUUUACAGAAAUAAAAAAUUUUCCAUACCAGUUUCAACUACAUUUUGGGUGUAUUCAGAAUUCAAUUUUUAUAUUAAUGAAAAUUUAUUAGCUCGUUUUGAUUUUUUGUUUGAACUUGGUUUUGAAAAAGAUGAAGAUAUAAUUGAUGAAAUAUUAGGAACAGUGGAUAAUACUAAUAUAGAAAAUUUUGAUUAUUAUUUUGAUUUAAAUAACAAAUAUUCAUAUUUAAGGAAAAAUAAUUUAUCUUAUUUUGAAUUCAACGAAAUUAAUAAUAUAUCUAAAUCAAUAAUUCAUAAAUAUUUCAAUAUGGCUUCAGAUUUAUCAACUCUAACCAUAUAUCAUAUAGGUAUAUCUGAAUUACUAUGUAUCAGUGUAUCUAUUUUAUUAAAAAAAAAAGAAUGCUUAAUUGAACAUGUUGUUUUAGGACUUUUUUUAUAUGAUAAAUUUGUUUCUUCUACUAAAAACAAGUUAACACAAUUUGACAAAAAUAUUUUAAAUAGUAUAAUAAACCCAAAACAAAACCAAAUUACUUCAUUUCAAAAAUUAAUGAAUUAUUUUUCAUCAUAUUUAAAUGCUACUAUGGAUUUAUAA